AUGACAAAGAUCAAAUCAAUCGAAUACUUCCGAGUCAAGCCUCGAUGGCUGUUUGUGAAGGUCACCGACGAAGAGGGCCGAUAUGGAUGGGGAGAAGGAACAUUAGAAGGGCAUUCAUUGGCAGUUGAGGGUGCCUUGGACGAGAUCAUCACUCGGAUAAUUGGAUACGAGGCAGACGAUAUCGAGCAUGUUUGGCAAACAAUCUGGCGACUGGGAUUCUACCGCGGUGGACCGGUCUUCAUGUCGGCACUUUCAGGAAUCGACAUUGCUUUGUGGGAUCUGAAAGGCCGGAAGCUGAACGUCCCGGUGCAUCAAUUGCUAGGAGGAAAAGUACGACAGAAGGUCCAGGUAUAUGCAUGGAUCGGAGGCGACCGACCGAGCGAUGUUGAAGCCGCAGCCAAGGCUCGCAUCGCGCAAGGGCUCAAGUGCAUCAAAAUGAACGCAACCGAGGACGUGAACUGGCUUGAUUCACCCGCUGUGCUACAGUCGUGCGUUGAACGGCUGAAGCAAGUGAAAGCCCUGGGCCUCGAUGCUGGAUUAGAUUUCCACGGUCGCCUUCACCGACCGAUGGCCAAGCAGUUGGCCAAAGCAUUGGAGCCAUACCAGCCUCUCUUCAUCGAGGAGCCCCUGCUAUGUGAGCACCCCGAGGCAAUCAAACAGCUUUCCGAGCAAACCACUAUUCCCAUCGCCUUCGGAGAGCGACUAUACACCCGCUGGGACAUCAAGAGAUUCUUGGAAGAUUCAUCGGUGGAUGUUCUCCAACCCGAUAUCGCUCACGCAGGUGGAAUUUCGGAAACAAUGCGCAUUGCAAACAUGGCGGAGACCUACGAUGUUGCUAUUGCUCCACACUGCCCUCUGGGCCCAAUUGCUUUGGCUGCGUCCCUUCAGGUUGCUGUCUCCAUUCCAAACUUUGUCAUUCAGGAGAUGUCACUUGGUAUGCACUACAACGUCGAGGCCGGGGAUAUCGACCUCAACAGCUAUCUGGUCGACAAGACGGUCUUUGACAUCAAAGAGGGCUAUGUAGAUGCCCCUUGCAAGCCAGGCCUUGGGAUUGAUAUCGAUGAGGAUUUGGUGAGGAAGAUCAGCCAAGACACAGAGCCCUGGCAGCCCAAGGAAUUCUUCGGACCAGAUGGUUCAAUUCGUGAGUGGUGA